AUGUCCGUGUCGGAUCGCUUGCUCGUGCUGCUCGGCCUUCUAGCACCGUUGCCAACACUUCGCCGCAGCGACGACGAUCACGACCGACAGCAGUGGUGCCUGCAUUGGGUGCUCGUUGCCCUCCUCAUGUCGACGCACCCGUCGCUCGACCUGGUGGUAUCGCGAGGUCAAGCCAUGGAAGACCUUGCCACUCUUCUGGCCCAAGCCCCGACGACAACCGAGAAUGUGGCCAAGUACCAGCGCAUUGCUCGGGCGUUGCGGGGGCCGUCUCAACUCGAGGCACCACCUCCGUACCGACCGGCAGCAAAGCCCAAACACGGCUACUUGAAGACCAAGAUAUGCUACCACAUGAAGAAGGGGUCGUGCUCGUUUGGUGCGAGUUGCGUCUACGCACACUCGAUUGCGGAGCUGCGACCGUUUGUCGCAGACGCGGCAACCGCGACGAAAGCAAAAAUCUGCGCCGACAUGAGCACGACAGACAGCUCUGGCUCGGACGCGGACGGCUAUGGCUCCCCCGUCAAGUCUGCGUGGCGCUACAACCCUGGUCCUCCGCCGUCCGUUCGAACGCUUGCCAACGAGCGCUGUGUGUCGUCGAUGAAUUGGCGAGCGCCAUCAUCGCCCGUGUACAAGCCAGCGUGCACGUUUUACCGCCGCGGCGCGUGCACCCGCGGAGACGACUGCGAGUACCGUCACGACAGCAUGGAGUGGAACAAGAUCAAGACAAAGCUGUGUGCCAACCACGCGCGGGGCAGCUGCACGUAUGGCGCCAAAUGCACGUACGCGCCCGGUUUCUCUAAAGAUUGCUCGGCGAGCUACUUGUAUUAG